AUGUUUUCAAUUCUUAUUGCUGGUCGAUUACCACAAAUAAAUUUUCAACAAGUAAGCGAAACACAAUUCGUUAUACCAGUAUCAGAUGUUGAUAAUGUUAAUCAUCUUGUUGUAUUCAUGACUGGUCAAAUACCAUUUCCUGAAAAUUUUGGUGGUGGUGGCAAUUGGCCAAGUACAGAAAGUCCAUCGUGGAUUUAUCUUGGAAAAAUAACGAAUACAAAACCAAGUGCCAUUUUUAAAAUUAAUAAAAUAAAAGAUAUUGAAUCUAAAAUAAGUUCAUCAUUAGUACCAAGUUUAUUUAGUGGAUUUCAACAUCAAACAGCCAUACCAACGGAUGGUUUAUUAGGUAUAAGUGUUGAACCUUUAACUCAACUUGAACAACAAAUUCAACCACAUGAUAUAACACCAUCAACAGUUGCAUCAAAUGUUGAAUUUGUAUCAAAAAUGCUUAAUAAUUUUGUUAAUUAUGUAACAUCAUUUGUUCAAAAUGUUCCUGGAACAUCCGAACAAAUUGUUCCAUUAAGUAUAAUUCAAACAUGGUAUAGUAAUUUUCAACGACGUAUGGCUGAAAAUCCUAAUUUUUGGAAAUAA